AUGCCACCGCACCCGGCAGGCACGACGACGGAAACCUGUGCAACGCAGCUUGAGCCCGAAGAGGUUGAAGCAGCUGCGCCUGCACCACCGGUGCCUGAAGCGUCGCUUGAGCCGGAAGAGGCUGAAGCAGCUGCGCCUGCAGGGUCCUGCGCAGGGGCUUGGGAGAUCAAGGAUAGCGAGGAUGAGGAUGAGGAGGCCGAGAUUCUUCAGAUUCAGGAAGCUGUUGCUGAAGCACGGGCGCGUCUUCAUCAGCUGCAGCUGGACGCCGGUGCUCUCCCGUGCGCUGCUCGUGGGGAUCCGAAUGCCAUGGACAACCUGGAGACACAGGAGCUGGAAGUGCCACUGCUUGAUUUGCCGGAUCCGAAGGAGGUUCUCACUCGCAUCAAGCAGCAUGAUCUGAAGAAGCAGAAGAAGGAGCUCGCAGCCGCGAAGAAAAAAGCCAGGAAGACUGCGGAGACGGAGGCCUCAGAGACUCCGAAGAAGCUGAAGAAUCGCAAGCCUAAGGGUAAGAAGGCUCGCAAGACGAAGCCGUCUCGCAAGCGGGCGAUUUUGAGGCGCAUGUCCGAGCAUUCUUUCACCGACAGCUUGGCUUCUUGUGAGUCGCCCCCAUCGAUUCUGAAGAAGCCCAGAAGCAGCCCCGCCAGCAACGAGCGCAAAGCCCCCGCUUUUGAUUGGGCCCCC